AGUCCGGCGAGAGAAGAAAUGGGUGGAGGUGGGAUGGGGAGAGGGGAGGAGAUCGGAUGAGCCCGGGACGAGGGAGGAUCCCCAGGGAGGAAGGCGGGGAGUCGGGCUCCACGUCUGGUGCUCCUGCCCCCCAGGCUCAGAUUUCAACUCCAGUUGCCGCCUCCGCGGCUCGCCCGUUAGGAGAGUGGAGAGGGUCGCAGGUAGGUUACAAAGGAAGGAGGGCGUGCGCGGAGGCCGCUGCAGGGCCAGCUCCGGCGGCCCUGGAACACCCGCCUGACUCCGGGGCCCCUCUUGCCCGGCGGCGGGAAGCUGCCUUUCCGCCCCUGGUCGUGCAGAGCUCCGCGAGGGGGCGACCUGAGCCCACGUGCCGCCGGGCCCUUCUGUCCCGAAACUACAACUCCCAGGCCGCUCAGGGGUCCCGCCCGCCUCGCCUCGCCUCGGGUCGGCUCCCAUUGGCCGGCCCGGGAGGGGAUUGGCGGUCUCCAGGGCGACGGGAGGCGCUCGGGGCAUCCGAGGCGGGGAGGCGGGCCCGCCCCCUAUUGUGUGGCCGCGAGAGUGGAGCCGAGCGGAGCGGAGCAGAUCCGGUGGUUCCCCAGAGAACAGCUUCCUCGGCUGUUACAUGAGCCAAGCCCUGACUGUCCAGAAGAGUGAGAGCUGACACCUGAGGCCGAUCAGCAGGAUUGACCCCGGGCUUGCUGGGCUGUGGCCAUCCCUCGGCCCCUCCAUCUGGGCUCCCGUGGCUAGGAGGGGCCGGGUGAGCAGGCCAGCUGGGCUAUGGUGUGGUGCCUUGGUCUGGCCGUCCUCAGCCUGGUCAUCAGCCAGGGGGCUGACGGUCGAGGGAAGCCUGAGGUGGCGUCGGUGGUGGGCCGGGCUGGGGAGAGUGUGGUGCUGGGCUGUGACUUGCUGUCCCCGGCCGGCCGGCCCCCUCUUCAUGUCAUCGAGUGGCUUCGCUUUGGAUUCCUGCUUCCCAUCUUCAUCCAGUUCGGCCUCUACUCUCCCCGAAUUGACCCCGAUUACGUGGGACGAGUCCGGCUGCAGAAGGGGGCGUCUCUCCAGAUCGAGGGGCUCCGGGUGGAAGACCAGGGCUGGUACGAGUGCCGCGUGCUCUUCCUGGACCAGCACAGCCCUGAAGACGAUUCCGCUAAUGGCUCCUGGGUGCACCUGACAGUCAAUUCGCCCCCCCAGUUCCAGGAGACGCCUCCCCCUGUGCUGGAAGUGCAGGAGCUUGAGGCUUUGACCCUGCGCUGUGUAGCCCGGGGCAGCCCCCAGCCUCACGUGACUUGGAAACUUCGAGGACAGGACCUUGGCCAGGGCCAGGGCCAGGGUCAUGUGAAAGUGCAGAACGGAACACUGUGGAUCCGGAGGGUGGAGCGAAGCAGCUCUGGGGUCUACAUCUGCCAAGCCUCCAGCACCGAGGGCAGCGCCACCCACGCCACCCAGCUGCUGGUGCUAGGACCCCCAGUCAUCGUGGUACCCCCCACAAACAGCACGGUCAAUGCCUCUCAGGAUGUCUGCUUGGCCUGCCAGGCUGAGGCAUACCCUGCUAACCUCACCUACAGCUGGUUCCUGGACGGCGUCAAUGUCUUCCACAUUAGCCGCCUGCAGUCCCGAGUGCGGAUCCUGGUGGACGGGAGCCUGCGGCUGCAGGCUGCGCAACCCGAUGACGCCGGCCGCUACACCUGUGUGCCCAGCAAUGGCCUCCUGCGUCCACCCUCAGCCUCCGCCCACCUCACUGUGCUCUACCCAGCCCAGGUGACAGCCAUGCCUCCUGAGACACCCCUGCCCAUAGGCAUGCGGGGGGUGAUCCGGUGCCCGGUUCGGGCCAACCCCCCGCUGCUCUUUGUCAGCUGGACCAAGGAUGGGCAGGCCCUGCAGCUGGACAAGUUCCCUGGCUGGUCCCAGGGCACAGAAGGCUCACUCAUCAUUGCCCUGGGGAACGAGGACGCCCUGGGAGAAUAUUCCUGCACCCCCUAUAACAGUCUUGGUACUGCUGGGCCCUCCCCGGUGACCCGUGUGCUGCUCAAGGCUCCCCCAGCUUUUACAGAACGGCCAAAGGACGAGUAUUUCCAAGAAGUAGGCCGGGAACUACUCAUCCCCUGCUCUGCCCGAGGAGACCCUCCUCCUGUCGUCUCCUGGGCCAAGGUGGGCUGGGGACUGCGGGGCCAGGCCCAAGUGGACAGCAACAGCAGCCUCAUCCUGCGACCGUUGACCAAGGAGGCUCAUGGGCGCUGGGAAUGCAGUGCCAGCAAUGCUGUAGCCCGAGUGGCUAUCUCCACAAAUGUCUACGUACUGGGCACCAGUCCCCAUGUUGUCACCAAUGUGUCUGUGGUGCCUUUGCCCAAGGGUGCCAAUGUCUCCUGGGAGCCUGGCUUUGAUGGUGGCUAUCUGCAGAGGUUCAGUGUCUGGUACACCCCACUGGCCAAGCGUCCUGACCGAGCCCAUCAUGACUGGGUGUCCUUGGCAGUGCCUGUGGGGGCUGCCCACCUCCUGGUGCUAGGGCUGCAGCCCCACACCCAGUACCAGUUCAGCGUGCUAGCUCAGAACAAGCUGGGCAGUGGGCCUUUCAGCGAGAUCAUCUUGUCUGCUCCUGAAGGGCUUCCUACCACACCAGCUGCCCCCACGCUUCCCCCGACAGAGAUACCACCUUCUCUGUCCCCUCCGCGAGGUCUGGUGGCAGUGAGGACACCCCGGGGGGUACUCCUGCAUUGGGAUCCCCCAGAACUGGUCCCUAAGAGACUGGAUGGCUACGUCUUGGAAGGACGGCAGAGCUCCCAGGGCUGGGAGGUGCUGGACCCGGCCGUGGCAGGCACGGAAAUACAGCUGCUGGUGCCAGGCCUCAUCAAGGAUGUUCUCUACGAGUUCCGCCUUGUGGCCUUUGCCGGUAGCUAUGUCAGCGACCCCAGCAACACGGCCAACGUCUCCACUUCCGGUCUGGAGGUCUACCCGUCGCGCACUCAGCUGCCCGGCCUGCUGCCCCAGCCCGUGCUGGCCGGCGUGGUGGGCGGGGUCUGCUUCCUGGGCGUGGCCGUCCUCGUGAGCAUCCUGGCCGCCUGCCUCAUGAACCGGCGCAGGGCUGCCCGCCGUCGACGCAAACGCCUGCGCCAAGAUCCACCUCUUCUCUUUUCUCCACCCGGGAAGUCAGCUUCACACUCUGCUCCCGGCUCAGACAGUCCUGACAGCGUGGCCAAGCUCAAGCUCCAGGGUUCCCCAGGCCCGAGCCUGCGCCAGAGUUUGCUCUGGGGGGAGACUGCUGGACCCCCCAGCCCUCAUCCAGAUCCUCCACCAGGCCGGGGACCUUUACCUCUGGAGACCAUUUGUCGGGGCCCAGAUGGGCGCUUUGUGAUGGGACCCACGGUGGAGGUCCCUCAAGAAAGGGCAGCCCAAGAGCAGGCAGAACCUCGGACUCCAGCCCGGCGUCUGGCCCGGUCUUUUGACUGCAGCAGCAGCAGCCCCAGUGGGGCACCCCAGCCCCUCUGCAUUGCAGACAUCAGCCCUGUGGGGCCCCCUCCAGCAGCCCCGCCCAGUCCCCUGCCAGGUCCCGGACCCCUGCUCCAGUACCUGAGUCUGCCCUUCUUCCGGGAGAUGAAUGUGGAUGGGGACUGGCCCCCUCUUGAGGAGCCUGGCCCUGCUGCACCCCUAGAUUACAUGGAUACCCGGCCCUGCCCCACCUCAUCUUUCCUUCGGCCCCCAGACUCGCCACCUGUGUCCACCAGGGCAGCACUCCCUGGGGCUGUGGUAGGGGCCGGGGCUGCCCCAGAGCCCCCUUAUACAGCCCUGGCUGACUGGACACUGAGGGAGCGGCUGCUGCCAGGCCUGCUUCCUGCCGCCCCUCGCGGCAGCCUUACAAGCCAGAGCAGUGGGCGGGGCAGCGCCUCGUUCCUCAGGCCCCCCUCCACAGCCCCCUCUGCAGGAGGCAGCUACCUCAGCCCUGUUCCAGGAGACACCAGCAGCUGGGCCAGUGGCCCUGAGAGGUGGCCCCGAAGGGAGCAUGUGGUGACAGUCAGCAAGAGGAGGAACACAUCUGUGGAUGAGAACUAUGAAUGGGACUCAGAAUUCCCUGGGGACAUGGAAUUGCUGGAGACUUUGCACCUGGGCUUGGCCAGCUCCCGGCUGCGACCUGAAGCUGAGCCAGAGCUAGGUGCGAAGACUCCAGAGGAGGGCUGUCUCCUGAACACUGCCCGCGCUACUGGCCCCGAGGCCCGUUGUGCUGCCCUUCGGGAGGAAUUCCUGGCCUUCCGCCGCCGCAGAGAUGCCACUAGGGCUCGGCCACCAGCCUAUCGGCAGCCAGCCCCCCACCCUGAACAGGCCACUCUGCUGUGAACACCGCUAAUGCGAGGCUGGGCAAAGGCAUGUGGACCUGCAGAGGAGGCCCCCAACAAGAUCUAGCUCCAACCUAGGGCACUGCCCCUGCCCCUUUGGUGCCCAGGCACAAACCCUGAUAGUGGGGCUUGUUGAGCUUGGUAUGGGAUGUAUGUGCUGACCCCCCUAGGUGAGUCUGGGGAUUGGAACAGGGAUCUUAGGCCUGCCCCUUUGUGUGUGUGUGUGUGUGUAUGUGUAUGUAUGUAUGGGUGUGGGUGUGGUGUUUGUGGUGUGGGUGAAG